AUGUUGUCCAGAUCUCAAGUAGUACCAUUUAGAUGUCUUCAACUUAGUGCUAGAUGCCGACAUGCGGAGAGGGAUACAUUUUGGGGUGGUAAAACAGUUGGGACUUUCACGCCAGAGAUUGGAGACAAAAAACCUACGCAUAUUAUUGUAGGUGCAGGUGCUGCUGGCUGUGUUUUGGUAAGUUUUUAAAUAUUCUUAUUGUUUUUGUUUUUAGGAGAAGAUGAGGAAGGUAUUGGAGAUUGUUCUGUUAAAUCUUGGCAUGGGUUUAUCAAGUUUUUUUUAUAAUUAUUGUAAAAAGUUUAAGAGAAAAUUAUGCAUUUAAAACAAUAUUACAUCUUUUUUAGUUUUAUCUUAAAAUUGCUUGAAAACAGACUAGGUUCUUGUUUAAAAUAAUCUUUGAAGUCUCCCUUACUUAGUUUUAAGCUUUUAAAAUAAAUAUAAAGCUGAUAAACUAUAAAUGUUUUAAGUUAUAUUAACAUAGGUCCAAUUUACAGGCAAAUCGUUUAACCGAGAAUCCGGAUAAUCUUGUACUUUUAUUGGAAGCUGGGCCAAAAGAUGAAUGGUAUAAUUGGAAGAUUCACAUGCCGGCAGCGCUUAUGUACAACCUUUGUAACGAUAAAUAUAACUGGUAGGGAGUAAAUUAACAUUUUUUUACGAAAAGAACUUGUUUUAGGUAUUAUCACACAAUGGCUCAAAAGCACAUGGAUAACCGGGUAUUUUACUGGCCUAGGGGUAGAGUAUGGGGUGGAUCGACUUCAUUGAAUGCUAUGGCGUACGUUAGAGGACAUCCUAUGGAUUAUGAUAGAUGGGAAGCUGAAGGAUGCAAGAAUUGGUCUUAUAAGUAGGUUUUUUUUAUAUUAUUCAUGACGUUUAGAGGAGGAAAUGAGGUUUAAAAUGUUUUCUUAAUGUUUUUUGCCAUUUUUAGGAACUGCUUACCUUAUUUUAAAAAGGCACAAACUCACGAGUUGUCUACAGGUCCAGAUGAUCCAUAUCGUGGUUACAAUGGACCACUGAAAGUGUCACAAGGAAAAUGUGAUAAUCCAUUACAUAAGGCAUGGAUGGAUGCUGGUAAAACUCAUCCAAUUGGCUACACGGACGAUAUGAAUGGCUACAGACAAGAAGGCACGGCUCCGAUGGAUAUGACAGUUUAUAAAGGGAAACGACAAAGUGCUUCGGUUGCAUACCUACAUCCUAUUCUUAAUCGACCGAAUUUGAUCACUUCCCAAAACAUUUUGACCACGAAGAUUUUGUUUGAUGGUAAAAAGGCAAUUGGGGUCGAAUACAUCAGGCAGAAAAAUCCUUUAUUUGGUUCAAGACAGAUUGAUUCAUACGACAGGGAGAAGAUUUACUGCGAAUCGGAUGUUAUUUUAUCUGGAGGUGCUAUCAAUACACCACAGUUGUUGAUGUUGAGCGGAGUUGGACCUCAAAAUCAUAUCAAGAGUUUGGAGAUUACGAUGGUUCACGAUUUACCUGGUGUGGGGCAGAAUUUGCAAGAUCAUCUGGAGAUCUACGUUCAACAGGUAAAUUUUAUAUUUUAGAUAACAAAUAUUGUGUUUUAGAAGCUUAGUUAGUAAAAUGGUGUUUUUGCCGGUUUAUAAAAAUAUUUUAGGUAACAAAGUUAUAUUUUUUUAGAAAUGCACUAAGCCAAUCACAUUGUACGACAAGAGUUCAUGGAAAUUCCCUCAUAACAUGAUUAAAACUGGUCUUCAAUGGUUCUACAAUCAGACUGGACUAGCAGCUAGUAGUCACUUGGAAUCUGGAGGAUUUUGUCGUUCCAGGGUUGAUGUAGGUUUAUUUUUGUAAGUUGGAAACAAGUCUCUUGCUAUUGUUGGUUUGAAAAGAAUGGCUUUGCCAUUUUCGGCAUUGGAAAGAAAGUUUUUGUCAUUUUAAUUUUUGUAAACAAAGUUUUUGCAGAUUCCUCACCCGGAUAUUCAAUUCCAUUUCCUACCGUCUACUGUGCACGAUGAUGGACGCACUAAUGGUACUUGUCAUGCAUAUCAAGUUCAUGUAGGACCAAUGAGAUCACAGGCCAAAGGUUAUGUCAAGUUAAUGAACAAUGACCCAAGAAGACAUCCUUUGAUGGAUCCGAAUUAUAUGGCCAAGGAAGAGGAUUGGGCCGAAUUCAGAAGAUGUAUCAGAGUUUCGAGGGAAUUGUUUGCUCAAAAGGCAUUCGAUGAGUUCAGAGGAGAGGAAUUGGCACCGGGCGCGGACUGCCAAUCUGAUGAACAGGUAUUUUAGGCGGUUUUUGGAUGUUAUUAGGCUUGAUUUGGUUUUUAGAUGGAAAGAAAGUUAUUGCGGUAGAAAGUAGUGUAAAAUACGGAUUUUAGCGCUGCAUUAUAUUUUAAAACAUAUUUUUUGAUUUUGAUUUAAAAAACAUUAGUUUUCGGGCUGUAAUGAAAGUUUUUGCAGUUUUUAAAAUUUUUACUUUUCAGAUUGACAAAUUUGUAAAAGAAAAAGCGGCAUCUGCUUAUCACCCAUCGUGUACAGUGAAAAUGGGCCCAAGCAGUGACACUUACGCUUGUGUGGAUCCAGAAACAAUGAAGGUUUAUGGUCUGGAAGGGUUAAGGGUAAGAUUAUAUUAUUUGUCAGCUUGCAGCUUAGACCUAAAAAUUUUUGGUUUUAAACGUGUUUUCUCUCUAUAACUGUAAAAAAGAUAUUUUAGAUAGUAGACGCAAGUGUAAUGCCCUCUAUUGUCAGCGGCAAUCUUCAAGCACCUACUAUAAUGUUAGCGGAGAAAGCCGCCGAUAUUAUUCAAGGAAAGACUCCUUUACCAGCCAAAGAUGUACCAGUUUGGAAGGCUGAAGUCGGAAAGCCAUCAAACAUUCAGAAAUGA